CAUAAAUUGCGUGGAAAUACGCAGCACGUGGAAAUUUCCUAGCUGUUGGAGCACAUUUACACCGAGCAGGCAUAUUAAUACAUGAGGAAACAGAGGUUAUUUUCCAGCAGAUGAACUUCCUCACUUUCGGUCAGUUGACGGUCGGUGAUCGCGGCCUGUAAAAGCUCGUCGACAUGCCGUCGCUUAAAGACUCGCUUGAAUCUGGACUGGACUUCAUUGAAUUUCUGGGAGACAGGAUAUCCAACUUUAGCAAAAAGGAACUUAAAGACAUCUACAACUCUGAAUUUCGGGGCAGAGAAGGAAUUAAAGAUCCCAACUUUUCCAAUGUUAUCUUUGCUCUUGUGAAAUUCAACAAAGCCCAGAUAAGGCAGGGGAAAGUCUACAUAAAUGCCAAACCUCAGGUUAGAGUAUACUGUGACCAGUGGAGGAGGCCCCGGGCCCCCCAGCCACACAGUCUCAGCUCUGGCCCUCAGACGCCGGCUGAGUCACCUGCUGCCUCCUCCACCCCUGUGACACCUGUGCUGACCCCAAAGAAAAAACUUGCUUCAGAAAUCCUUCGCAAGUUGAAGGUGAACAGGAAAGGGCUCACAGCUGAUAAGGGUGGCAUUGAGAUCACUUCAGACCCCGUGGCGAGCGGUGGGAAGGUCCAGUUCACUGUGACUCGCCUGCGGGAGCCGUUCCUUGUCAAGUUCCACAUUGUCAAUAAGGGCACCAACUGCAUCCACUUUACCUACUACACUGCCCUGCACAGGAUACGCUGUUUCACUCUAGAGGACGAAAGGAGAGUGACCAGAGCGUCUCCGCUGUUCCUCUGUCCUGGAGAGAGCUAUGACGUUGUAGUUCGGUACAUGCUGAACCACUAUGGCCAUUUCCCUGCCACCAUGUACUUUGAGUUCUGCCCAGAUUUACCUGCGUCGGCGCCCUUCUGCAUUGUCAGGGAGAUAGAAGCCGCAGCCCAUACUCCACUGGCUGUGGAGCUGGGGCCUGUGGCUCCUUAUAAACCAUUUCGGGUGGACACUUAUAAGCCUGUUGACAGCAUUAUAGUAGAUGGAGUACCACCUGAGAGUUCUGUCCACCAGCUGAAGACAGCAGUGAAAUUAGGAGAGUACAGGUACCAAAAUUACCUGAAGGGUCUGGCAAGGCAAAGAAUGGAAGACUCUGAGUACCUCUCUCCAACUGCCAAACAGAAACUUCCAUCAGUGAAGAGUCUCCUCAAUUGUACCUUAAAGAUGAAGAACUACUCGCAUCGAUUUCACCUCUUACUACACCUGGAAGAGAUACAGAUGGAGUUUGACAUCCGAAAGUAUGAUCUCCACAAUCAAACCAUGACUCAAGACCAAGGCAACAGAAAACUCCUCAAGCUCAGAGUUCCUGGUGUCGCUGAGAAUCGGCCAUCUGUACUUCGAGGAGAUUGUCUGAGAGUGUCCAAAUCUGAGGACACCGUCGAGCCCAUCACUGUGUAUACCGGAUAUGUUCACAAAGUAGAGCUGGACAGUGUGAAGCUGGGCUUUUCAAAAAGGUUGUUGCAGAUUUUUAUCAGCAAUAUGAAGUUUAACGUGGAGUUUACUAUCAACCGAUACCCUUUGAAGCUGCAGCAUCGGGCGGUGGACCUGGCAGUAAAACAUCAACUUGGAGAGGUGUUGUUCCCAUCAGGUGCAGCAGUGGCUAGUGUGCCCAUGCCUAAACUCAGAAUGUUCAAUCGACAGCUGGAAAACAACCCGGAGCAACACGCUGCGGUCCAGCGCAUCGUAGCGGGCUCAUCAAAACCUGCUCCUCACCUUGUGUUUGGACCUCCUGGAACUGGAAAGACGAUCACUGUGGUUGAAGCUAUCAGUCAGGUCAGCAGGGCAGAUCCGUCAGCGCGCAUUCUCGCCUGUGCACCUUCAAACAGUGCGUGUGACCUGCUCUGUGAGAGACUGCAAGUGAACAUAGAUUCUCAUCAGGUUUACCGAGUAUACGCCAGCAGCCGAGACCCAAACAGUGUCCCCAAGGGUCUACUGAAAUGCUGUAACUGGGACGAGAAACAAGACAGCUUUGUGUUUCCAGAGAAAGAAGUUAUGAUGAAAUACAAAGUCAUAGUUGCAACUAUGGUCACAGCUGGCAGGCUUGUGUCUGUAGGAAUCCCAGUUGGCCAUUUUUCACAUGUGUUUGUGGAUGAGGGAGGCCAGGCUGUGGAGCCAGAGUGUGUCAUUGCUAUUGCAGGUCUGCUCAGUGCAGAGAAGGGUCAGCUGGUGUUGGCAGGAGAUCCUAAGCAGCUGGGACCAAUCCUUCGAUCUCCUUUAUCGCUAGAGCACGAACUCGGACUUUCUCUACUGGAGAGGCUGAUGAGAUAUAAUCCGUUAUAUCAGAAAAAUACAGAUGGACAUUUUGACACCCGCUUUGUCACCAAACUGCUGCGAAAUUACAGGUCUCACAGUGCCAUUCUGAAAAUCCCCAAUGAGUUGUUCUACGAGAAUGAAUUGCAGGUGUUUGCUGACCAAUGGGAGCGCGAGGCCUACUGCAAGUGGGAAUAUCUUCCGAAGAAGGGUUUUCCAGUGAUUUUCCAUGGCGUGAUGGGCAAAGAUGAGAGAGAGGCCAACAGUCCGUCUUUUUUCAACGUGUCUGAGAUUGAAGUUCUGAUCGACUACCUCAACAAACUGAUAGAAACUCAAGGAAAGAAGGGUCUCCCCAAGCUGUCUGCAAAAGAUGUCGGAAUUAUCGCCCCCUACAGAAAACAAGUUGAGAAAAUCCAGAAGGCUUUGAGGUCCAUCCCAGCACUGAGUCGAUGGAGUGAUCUCAAAGAGCUCAAGGUUGGUUCUGUGGAGGAGUUUCAGGGACAAGAGAGGAAGAUCAUUAUGGUCUCUACCGUCCGCAGCAGCAUCAACUACGUCAAAAUGGACAAAGACUUCAAUAUUGGAUUCUUGUCAAAUGAAAAGAGGUUCAAUGUGGCCUUGACGAGAGCCAGGUCGCUGCUUAUAGUGGUGGGAAACCCUGUGAUCCUCAACAAGGACCCCACGUGGGAGAAGUUCAUCAGCUACUGUGUGAAGGAGAAGGGCUACACUGGAUUUGACUUCAGCGACGCAGAAGGAGAAGAUGAUAUUGUGUCCAAACUGGCAACCCUGAAAAUCAAUGUGGAUUCUGAAUGCCCUGUAGCAGAGGAGAGUGCCCUUCAGCAGUAUGUGGACCCUGGGUGGAAAAAUGAGCAUUAACAUUUCUUUAGAUGUAGCCGUGAUAGAUUAAGUCCAUAUGAAUUAAAGUAUUUUAUUUUAUUCUCACUCUUAGCACUUCAGCAUAUGUGAUUUAAGAAUGUAUCCUUUUUAUGAACCUUUUCAAGAGUAGUUUGCAUAUAAAUUAAAUGCUGAAUAUUUGGUCUUUUUUUUUUUUUUUUUUUUUAAUUUAGUCCAAUUAGCACAACUAUGGCUGUACACAUGCUAAAAUUUCCCAGAUGGGAAAUGAAGAGAAACGUUUUCUUACACAAGAAUUUAUCACCAUAUGUCUUACUGUCAACUAA